AAAUGCAUCCAUAAAGGAACAUUCUUUGACAAAUCUUCAGUCUGUUAAAGGGGUAGUGAAAUUCACCGUCCAACCUUAAUACGCUUGAAUCAUUGAAUCAAAGCAAGCGUCAAAAAUCCAAAAGCUAGCUCUAUUUACCUAUUCUUCCCUAUUGUUCUUGCUUUUGGAGCUUGAUUGUAUUCCUUGACUGUGCCAUGAUUUGUGGGCAAAAUUCUUGAAAUCAUUGCCUUCCCUAGCUUUUGUCUCCUAAAAGCUUUGUGGGUCUUCGUUAGUUUAUGCAAAGAGAGGACUUUUGUUCCUCAAUAAUACUCCCGAAACCGGAUGUUGUAGCAGAGAAACCGGAGGGGGUGGUAAGUAAUGGUGGGAAUCUAAAGGAGGAGGAAGAGGAGAAGAAGGAUGAAGUAGCAGCAGAGAAAGUGCGGUCUAAGAGGCGGUCAUCGCGGCCAAAUCCAAGGUUAAGCAACCCUCCAAAGCACAUCCAUGGCGAGCAAGUCGCCGCUGGAUGGCCCUCCUGGCUCUCCGAGUUCGCUGGCGAGGCAAUCAAUGGCUGGACUCCCCGCCGAGCUGAUGCUUUUGAGAAGCUUGAUAAGAUUGGACAAGGCACAUAUAGUAAUGUGUAUAAAGCUAGGGAUACUUUAACGGGGAAAAUUGUGGCAUUGAAGAAGGUUCGGUUUGAUAAUAUGGAGCCAGAGAGUAUUAGGUUCAUGGCUAGAGAGAUUUUGAUUUUGCGUCGUUUGGAUCAUCCUAAUGUUGUUAAAUUGGAAGGGUUGGCAACGUCUAGGAUGUCAUGUAGUUUGUAUCUUGUAUUGGAGUACAUGGAGCAUGAUCUGGCUGGACUGGCUGCAAGUCCGACAAUCAAUUUCACUGAGUCUCAGGUGAAGUGUUUUAUGCACCAACUAUUAUCAGGGCUUGAACAUUGUCAUAACUGCUAUGUACUGCAUCGUGAUAUCAAGGGAUCGAAUCUUCUCAUUGACAGUGGUGGAGUUCUCAAAAUUGCUGACUUUGGGUUGGCUUCAUUUUUUGAUCCUAAUAAGAAGCAACCCAUGACUAGUAGGGUUGUUACCCUGUGGUAUCGACCUCCAGAGCUUCUUCUUGGUGCCACUGAUUAUGGUGUUGGUGUGGACCUCUGGAGUGCUGGUUGUAUUCUAGCUGAGUUAUUAGCUGGGAAGCCUAUCAUGCCUGGUCGAACUGAGGUGGAGCAACUGCACAAGAUUUUCAAACUAUGUGGAUCUCCUUCUGAUGAGUAUUGGAAAAAAUCAAAGCUUCCACAUGCUACAAUCUUUAAGCCUCAACAAUCAUAUAAACGAUGCAUAGCAGAGACAUUUAAAGACUUCCCACAAUCAUCGUUGCCAUUGAUUGAGACUCUCCUUGCAAUUGACCCUGCUGAGCGUCAGACUGCUACAGUUGCAUUGGGGAGUGAAUUUUUCACAACCAAGCCUUAUGCUUGUGAACCUUCCAGCCUUCCAAAGUAUCCUCCCAGCAAAGAGAUGGAUGCUAAACUGCGAGAUGAAGAAGCUAGAAGGUUGAGAGCAGUUGGAAAGGCUAAUGCAGAGGGAGUGAAGAAAGCACGUGCACGUGAUCGAGCCGUGAGGGCAUUUCCUGCUCCAGUAGCCAAUGCGGAGCUUCAACCUAAUAUUGAUAGGCGGCGUCUAAUAACACAUGCAAAUGCGAAGAGCAAGAGUGAGAAAUUUCCUCCUCCACACCAAGAUGGUACUCUUGGUUAUCCUUUGGGUUCUUCACAUAUAGACCCCGUCUUUGACCCCCCUGAUGUUCCAUUCAGUACCACAAUUUUCUCCUAUUCAAAGGAACCGAUCCAGACUUGGUCUGGACCAUUGGCUGACACUGCUGCUGUGGGUGCUCCAAGGAGAAAGAAACACAGUGAUGGGCGUCCAUACCCAAAGUCAUCCAAGAAAGACUCACAAAAAGAAAAGAACUCUGCUCGAAUCUAAGAGAAACAAAAUGAUUUCUGGAUUCUUGUGAGAGUAGUAUUGAGGCUGCAGAAGUUGUUGACACAAUGUUACUUAGGUACGGACCGGGAAAGCCAGUUAAACCGUAUGGAGAGGUGAAGAUAUCUUGUAUUCAUUUUUCUUAUUUCUUGUUAUAUUUUUUUGCAUGUUGAGAAGCUUCUCUAAAAUUGUAUAUGUAUUAUAAAAAAUGUAUUUUGCAGUCCAAACUGCAAAAGAUUAACUUAUUGGAUGAUGAGGAGGCCUGCUGUUAAUGGGUGCGGGCUUUUUUAUUUAAUUUUUAAUGUUUUGCAGUCUCAACUGUAAAAUGAAUUUAUGUAUUAUUAUUUCUUCUUCUGAAUACUACACUAUUUAUACAAU